AUUCUAAUAAUUGACGUAUGCAAUAUAUUGUAUAUUUAUAUUUAUAUUUUACAUAUAAUUUUAUACAAAGAAAGUAUUAUGAAACACUUUUAAAGGUAUUAUUAAUUUAAAUAAUGAUGUCAACUAAAAAAUCUAAUACCAGAUCACAAAACAGAGGUGUGAACGUUCAGUCAGACACAGAAAACUCCCAAAGUUUAGCAACUUCAAGAGGUGAAGGAAAUAUACAUUCUAAUACUGACAGAGACUAUGGUAAAUCUAUAGACAAAAUUAAAAAUGAUGUAAAGACCGUAAUUGAGUUAAUGGGACCCACCAGUCCAGACAUUGAAAACAGUAGUACUGUAGAAUCUUACCGUAAAGCAACUGAAGAAUCCAACAAUUUAUAUAAAGAGAUCUCAGAAGAAAUGAACCAAACAUUAACUGAAGAUUAUCAGUUAACUACUGACUGCGAUCAAUCCAUAAUUCCCAGAGAUAAUGUGACUGUUCAAGAUACUGAUCUAUUGUCAACUGUUGAAAAUUGUUCUGUUACUGCAAUCGAAAAUGCUUCUGUACAUUGUACGAACAUAUGUGCCCCUCCUGUGCAACCAACAAAUUUUGUUUAUAAUUCCGAAUGUAUGUGUCCACAAAUGGCCAAUUUUAUCCAUAAUUAUGCAGCUCAAGGGAAGAACAGAAAAACUACGAAGAAAAAUUUAUUUAGGUCAUUUUUAACGGUUUUUCAGAAUAAAAAAUGCAUAAAUAAUUCUCCUUCAAAGUCAAAAUAUUACAAAAUCAAUAUACAAAAAUCUCGUAAAAAUAUUGCUCCAACUCGUUUGGUAUUUGACUUAGUUGACAACGUCCAUACUCAAGUAAACCACGAUCAUGGGGAUUGUCUUCCAGAAAAAAAAUAUAUCUUGACAGAAGAUCAUUUUUGUUUGCAACCAGAAAAUGAAACCAAAUACACGAAAACCAAGGAACAGUUUAUACAAACGAAUAAACGAAAUAGUAUGACUAACUGUCAAACAUGUCCCACAAAAAAGAAAUUUUACAGAAAAUCCCCAUACACAUACGUAAAUGAAAUUAAAAAGAACGUAUACUACUUCGAUCAUGGCUGUUCUAGCUACUUUCAGACAACUGAUAGAAUGCCGAUUAUCACCACUGAAGAUCUAGCUUUGCGAACCGAAGCUUAUACGACAAAAUUUUGGGCUGAACUAUUUGGAAGCUUCAAUAUCGGUUGUUCCUUUUUUAUGUCCUUCGUACUACAGUCUAUAAGAUUUUUGCUCUACAGUAUACUUAAACCUUUGACAGUAGGAAUUAUUCAAAUUGUAUCGGAUUAUUUCUUCAAACCUAUGCUAACUACAUUGUUCAACUCUGUAAUACAACCAAUUCUGAUACUUUUUUAUAAUAUUCUGACAUCGAUAAGAGAUAUUUUCAAGCCAGUGGCUGAAGCAAUAGGGUACUUUAUUAGAGAAAUAGCAGUUUUAGUUGGUGCUUUUAGAAUAGUCGAAGUCAAAACGGACAAAGCAGAAAAAUAUAGCAAAAAAAUAGAUAGAAAGCAUAAAAUACUACUUAAAACUAAAAGUAAAGAUGAAGAAGUUAACAAUUUUGUUUAAUCAAUAAAUACAUCGUGAUAUAAGUAGAUAGGUUUUGCUUAGAUUUAUGUAUUAUACUAAGUGUCAAUAAUAUUCAAUAAAGAAAUUAAUACAUUAUGGCAUA